AUGGUAGCCGAGCUUCUCACCAUCCGCAACAACACCAGCACUCCGAUCAUUCUCAAGCGGAUUGAACGGUUUGAGGCUCCCAAGGCGAACAGGGGAGAUGAUAUCGCCUCGCUGGCGUUGAACUUUACGCGCGUGCUCACAAACACCACUCGCAUCAAUGAGCCCGUGAGGGCCAUUCUCCCCGACACUCGUCCCUUCGACGAGCAGCAGGGCGUCGACAUCCGCGUCGAGCCUUUCACCACUGUGAAGACCGAGCGAAAGGCGUUCAUUCACUCCGACAAGGAGCGCAUGCGUCUGACAUUCGAGGUCGAUGGUGAGCGUCACUCGAUUCAAACCCCUGUGCCAACUGCAGAGUCGGCCACCAUGAGGUGCGAGUCUGAACACCCGAAGUACCGCUUGACGGGCGUGUAUGUGACUCCCGAAUCACACCUGGCUAUCUUCUCGUCGGCCAACUUGAACGCAUGGAUGGGCGAGCUCCGUGACGAUACGCUGCUCUCCGCACUUUCCAUCCCUGGCACCCACAACUCGCCCACCUGCCACAUCGCGCCCCCCUCGGUGCGCUGCCAGGCCGUCAGCCCGCGCGAGCAGCUGAAGAACGGCGUCCGCUUCUUCGACAUCCGUGUCCAGCCCCAGUACCCCGAUGACCCCGCGAAGGACGAGUUGGUCCUCGUCCACAGCGUCUUCCCGAUCUCGCUGACCGGCAACAAGUACUUCCGCGACCUGAUGAAGGAGGUCAACGAUUUCCUCCAGCAGAACCCGUCUGAAACGCUGAUUAUCUCCCUCAAGCGUGAGGGGCCCGGUAAUGCGAAGGAUGAACAGCUCGCCCACAUCCUAUCCCGCCACUAUGCGCUCCCCGAUAGCCGCUGGUGGGUGCGGCCCAAGAUCCCGACUCUCGGUGAAUCUCGGGGCAAGGUCGUCCUUAUUCGCCGCUUCAAUCUUCCAGACGAUCUCAAGCAGGAGCAUGGGGGCAAUGGCUGGGGGAUUGAUGCCGCCGCGUGGGAAGACAAUACUCCCAACGCCACAUGCCCUAGCGGUCAGCUCUGUAUCCAGGACUUCUACGAGGUCCAGGAGAGCACCAACAUCGAGAAGAAGAUCCAAUUCGUCAAGGAGCAAAUUGACCGUGCUAGCAAGUGCUGCUACCCAUUCGGUGUGCUGCCGGGUCCAGUGGAGGCCCGCCAGUAUCCCUUCUACAUCAACUUUCUCAGUGCGAGUAACUUCUGGAAGACUAAUACCUGGCCCGAGAAGAUUGCGGCCAAGGUGAAUCCCGCAACGGUGGACUAUAUUUGCCGUCGUCAAAGCGAUGACCACGGUGAUUGCUCGACUGGUAUCCUGGUGACGGACUGGGUGGGUCUGGAUGGCGACUGGGAUCUUGUGCGCUGCAUUGUGGGCAUGAAUGCCAAGUUGCGCUUGAGAGAGCACUAG